GGGGAAAGUUGAGCAGAGAAAGGAAGAAGCCCCAAGACGCGGCGCAGCAGCGGGAAGGAGCCCCCGGCAGCCCGGAGGAGCAUGGGCACCCUGCGGGAUUUACAAUACGCGCUCCAGGAGAAGAUUGAGGAGCUGAGGCAGCGGGAUGCUCUCAUUGACGAGCUGGAGCUGGAGUUGGAUCAGAAGGACGAACUGAUCCAGAAGCUGCAGAACGAGCUGGACAAGUACCGCUCGGUGAUACGGCCGGCCACCCAGCAGGCGCAGAAGCAGAGCGCGAACACCUUGCAGGGAGAGCCGCGCACCAAGAGGCAGGCGAUCUCGGCUGAGCCCACCGCCUUCGACAUCCAGGAUCUCAGCCAUGUGACCCUGCCCUUCUACCCCAAGAGCCCACAGUCUAAGGAUCUCAUAAAGGAGGCUAUCCUUGACAAUGACUUUAUGAAGAAUUUAGAACUGUCGCAGAUCCAGGAGAUUGUGGAUUGUAUGUACCCAGUGGAAUAUGGCAAGGACAGUUGCAUCAUCAAAGAAGGGGACGUGGGGUCACUGGUCUACGUCAUGGAAGAUGGGAAGGUGGAAGUUACGAAGGAAGGAGUGAAGCUGUGCACUAUGGGCCCAGGAAAAGUGUUCGGGGAACUGGCCAUUCUUUACAACUGUACUCGGACAGCGACCGUCAAGACUCUUGUGAAUGUGAAACUCUGGGCCAUUGAUCGACAAUGUUUUCAAACAAUAAUGAUGAGAACAGGACUUAUCAAGCAUACCGAGUAUAUGGAAUUUUUGAAAAGCGUUCCAACAUUCCAGAGCCUUCCUGAAGAGAUUCUCAGUAAGCUUGCUGAUGUCCUUGAAGAGACUCACUAUGAAAAUGGAGAAUAUAUUAUCAGGCAAGGUGCAAGAGGAGACACCUUCUUUAUCAUCAGUAAAGGAACGGUAAAUGUCACUCGUGAAGACUCACCAAGUGAAGACCCAAUUUUUCUCCGAACUUUAGGAAAAGGAGAUUGGUUUGGAGAGAAAGCCCUGCAGGGAGAAGAUGUAAGAACAGCAAAUGUAAUUGCUGCAGAAGCUGUAACCUGCUUAGUGAUUGACAGAGACUCUUUCAAGCAUUUGAUCGGAGGUUUGGAUGAUGUUUCUAAUAAAGCAUAUGAAGAUGCUGAAGCUAAAGCAAAAUAUGAAGCGGAAGCUGCUUUCUUCGCCAACCUGAAGCUGUCUGAUUUCAACAUCAUCGAUACACUUGGAGUUGGAGGUUUCGGAAGAGUAGAACUGGUACAGUUGAAAAGUGAAGAAUCCAAAACUUUUGCUAUGAAGAUUCUCAAGAAGCGCCACAUUGUGGAUACCAGACAGCAGGAGCAUAUCCGCUCGGAGAAGCAGAUCAUGCAGGGUGCUCAUUCUGACUUCAUCGUCAGACUAUACAGAACAUUCAAGGAUAGCAAAUAUUUGUACAUGUUAAUGGAAGCUUGCCUAGGUGGAGAACUCUGGACCAUUCUCAGGGAUAGAGGUUCAUUUGAAGAUUCUACAACCAGAUUUUAUACAGCAUGUGUGGUAGAAGCUUUUGCCUAUCUGCAUUCCAAAGGAAUCAUUUACAGGGACCUCAAGCCAGAAAACCUCAUCCUGGAUCAUCGAGGUUAUGCCAAACUGGUUGAUUUUGGCUUUGCAAAGAAAAUAGGAUUUGGAAAGAAAACAUGGACUUUUUGUGGAACUCCAGAGUAUGUAGCCCCAGAGAUCAUCCUGAACAAAGGUCAUGACAUUUCAGCCGACUAUUGGUCCCUGGGAAUUCUAAUGUAUGAACUUCUGACUGGCAGCCCACCUUUCUCAGGCCCCGAUCCUAUGAAAACCUAUAACAUCAUAUUGAGGGGAAUUGAUAUGAUAGAAUUUCCAAAGAAGAUUGCCAAAAAUGCUGCUAAUUUAAUUAAAAAACUAUGCAGGGACAACCCGUCAGAAAGAUUAGGGAAUUUGAAAAAUGGCGUGAAAGACAUUCAAAAGCACAAAUGGUUUGAGGGUUUUAAUUGGGAAGGCUUACGGAAAGGUACCUUGACACCUCCUAUAAUACCAAGUGUUGCAUCACCUACAGACACAAGCAAUUUUGACAGCUUCCCCGAGGACAGUGAUGAACCACCACCUGACGACAACUCAGGAUGGGACAUAGACUUCUAAUGUAUUUCUCUUACCUGCUUCUGCCUUGCUGAAGACAGCUUUUUCUGAGACACAGCUGCCAGCAAACCUGAGGGAAAGGGAGAAGAUUAGUGCUCGGGUCACCAUGAUGCCUUUGAUCGAUGCUGCUCCAGAAACUACAGUGGCAUUAGGACUUCUUGCUUAGAUGACAAUAGUGCUUUUUCCAUGUUUUCUGUUUGAAUCUAAAAUAGCAGUUGACAUGGUGGUCCUGAAGCGAAGCCUUUCACCUGCUGAAGAGAUGUUUUCUAUUAUUGCAAUGAUCUUGCUUUGCUCUGAUUUUCAUUUGAAAGACUGUCAGAAACCUUUCUAUCCAGUAAGAGUCCGUACCUUGCUAGAAUUAUCAACACGAUCGAAGAAGAGUAGAUUGGUUACAGUAGAUUACUGCGGUACAGAAACUGGGCUCUUCAUUUACUUCAAAUGAGUGUGUUUUGGGGUGUAUUACUGCAAGCCGGUGUAUAUACCGUGUGAAAGAGGACCACACAUCUGUUGGUCACAGAUUCAUGUCAAACCAGUGCUAGAAAUGUCACAAUUUUAUUUCCGAGUAGUGCUGAUGACAAGACUGAAUGUUACCUUUUCUUUCUGACAGAUUUAAAAAAUUGAUAUGACAAAAAAGCACAACUGCUAUGAAAUGUGAGAACUCUCAUAGCAGGUAUAUAUGCGUUUUCACAGAGGAUUGAAAAAAUAUGCAUGAUAUUUGUUUCCUUUUGAUAAAUUGGCAUGAUAGAAUGGAACAAAAAAGGAAUGAAUACAAAUCAUUUCACUUUCUUUUUCAAAAUAUUGUGCUUAAGGAUGGUCCUGAAAAUACAUGACUAGCAGCCAAUUGGUUUUAUUUAUUAUCUAACAUACCCUCAAACUGAGGCUUAAAAUAUUCCCUUUUAUAAAAAGAAACCCUUGGGGUGGGGGAGGGAGGAUUAAAAUUCAUCCAAAAAAAAAUAAAAAUGAUAUAGGUGCUAUGUAUAUCUUUCAUCUGUAAAUGUCAGUGUCUGAACAGACAUUAAUGCUAAUCAUUACCUGUGUAGCCAGAAAUGCAGUCAUUAUCACAAAAUUUAUUAAACCAGACUCCUGUCAGAUUUCACUUAUGCCAAGUAGUUUUGAGUUGAGAGAGAAAAGGGAUAAAAAAAUCUGUUUAAACUAGCCUCUUGUCUUAGGCCUGAACCAAAAA